AAUGUUUUGUACUUCCCUUUGUAGAACUUUCAGUUUGUUGUAAAGUGCACAGUUUAACUAUGGAAGAAUCUAUUUCAUUAAUUCAGGAGCUGGAUGGUUUAAUUUCGGAGGAGAAUGAAGAAAAGUUUGGAAGACUCAAUAUUUACAGAACCAUAGCGUGCUGGAGAAUUCCUCAAGAGCAUGAAGCAGCUAUAGGAUUGCUCAAAAUUGUAAUGCCAAAGAUACAAUUAUUAAUUGAUAAAGGUACCCUUAGAAAAGAUCUCAUAUCAUUAUCCAUCUUGGCAACACAAAAUUUUAAUCUUUUGGAAAAACUUUUGAAAUAUGAAAAAGAGUACUUCUACCUGAAUCUCGAUCAGUAUUCAUCUCUCUAUAAAUUUUGCAUAUUCAAAAAGGAACAUUGGAUUGCAGCAGUGGAAAAAAACUUUCGCCCCUCUUCAUUCGAGAGAAGGGUCUUUAGUGAUGACAUUUCUAAAAAAUUGAUUGUAUUAAAAUGUUUGGAUUCAACAAUCAACAAAUUCAAUCUGAAUAAGAUAGUGUCUGCUUUGAAAGAUUAUGAAGAAUUUCAUGGCAAUGAUGAUACAUUAGACCAUCUUGUCUUUGAGCUGAAGAAAUUUCUUGAUAUAAUUAUGUUCUGCAGAGGUAUUGGAAAUGAUGUAGAUGAAAAAGAAGUGUACAAUGUUAUGUGUGCAAAGAAUAUUUUGGAUACCCUCUCCAUUUUUAUUCCUCUGGAAAAGACUGAAAACUGGCCAUCUAUUACUCAAAAACUUAAGAAAUAUGAUGAAAGCUAUUACAGUACUUGUUCUGAUUUAUUGAAAAAAUCUGAAGUGUUCAAAGUAUUCACAAUAUUAGCUACUGUCUUCAAUAUUCAAUAUAUUUACACAACAGAACCUCAUUCUAUGAAUGAUGUUUUGGAAGAACUGAAGAAAAAAUUACUAAGUAUAGAUAAUUCUACUCUAGUUCUGGAAUUACUAGAAGAUAUUUUUGCCAUAUUGUUCCUAACUGAAAAACAUAUGGAUGAAAGUAAACCUGACAUUUUCAAGAACAAUGAAGCUGUGAUACGAUCUAUAUUAUAUGUAGUCAAAGGUGCAAUUGAAGAGUUACAAUUGAAAGGUAUUUAUAGAAAUUCUGAAAACUAUGAAAGGUUCACAAGUUUAUGCAGAUAUGUGCAUGAUACAUUGUGGAGACUACAAAUUGUAACAACUGUUAAAUCAAAACCUGUCAGAGAUUCAGAAAAGAUAUUGUGUUAUAUGUUGGCAUCACCAAUGUCUUUAUUGUGUAUGUGUUUACGACAAGGAAGUUUUGAUGAAGCACAUCAAGUUGUCAAGAUAUUCGAUAUGAGAGAGGUUGAUGCUGCAAAGGAAUUGGUAUUCACUGAAAAUCUCAGAGAACUUCGAACAGAAUCAAGAAAAUUAUGUAGAAUGCAGAAGAUACAGGAUUCUAGCAAGAUUACAACUGAAUCUAUGGAAAAUUUCAAGGGUAAGAUCUUGAAGGAUUUGAAUACGAGUAUCGGUAAAAAAUUUCAACAAAUACCGGAAAGUAGGACAUGUCCAAGUGAUUUGUGUCAUUACAAACUGAAGAACGAGAUGUUCAUGAAUCUCGUGGAUUUCAUGUGCACAGAAUCAUCGGAUUUGAACAUGAGUUAUAUUUUAUCGAGAAUGGUAUGUGAGAACAAUACUUUAUGCAACCAGAUCACUUCUCCUUAUUCGAAUUUCUGUGAGAGGUUGAUAACAGCUGCUGAAACACUCAUUCCAAGUAAAAACUUGACAAUCCGCGAUAUAAUUUUAUCGUCAAAUAUCCCCUUCGAUAUAUCGGAAUACUUGAAGGGACAGAAAUUCAUCGAAGAUCUCAUCAUAUUGUACGAUGAAAUCAGAGGUCAACUAGUAAGAAAUGAAGAUGGAAUCUUCAAUAGUAAUCAUUCAGCACAUAAAACGUAUAAUAAAAUCGAUUCUUUGUGUAAAAAUUUCACUGAUGUUAACCCGAACGAAAUUAAUUACUUGAAAAGGUUAUUCAAUUACUUGAAAGCAUUCUCCAGAGUGUUGUACAUAGAAGAAAAUACUUCUGACAUAAUUUCCCAAGGAAAAAAUACUUCAUUUUUCGAAUUGCUGGACUAUAACAGAUCUGAAUUGAUGGGUCAAUUAUUAUUCGAGAGGAAUCUUGAUCCAACAGACUUCGAAAUAUAUUUCUCUAGAAUGGAGCUGGAUUUUCUUUAUCAUUUAAUUGGAAAUUGUUUUCCAACAAUAAACCUCCACAGUGAGGAAUUUGUCGAAGAGGAAGAGCUGUUUCCAGAGAAUAAUUUGUACCUUCCUACAAGGAACAUAAUUCAUUAUAUCUUGAGAAGAAAUUGGCUUUUAGCUCUGAUUCUGGAAGACAUGUAUGAAGUGCCCAAUGUGAAAAUGAAUAUUAACGACACAAGAAUAAAAGCAUUUUUGAAUUAUAGAAACUUGGAUGCAAUACAAAACUUAAAAUGUAUAUUCGAUGAUAACGAGGUUUCAACAUCUCUACAGAGAGAAAUUCCCUACAGAAAAGUGAAAGAAUACAUUGAACAGAAAUUGCAAUGCAAGAAGUAUGACAGCACGCCACAAUUUCCCGACCCAGAAGAAAUGUUAGAAGCAGCAGAAGAACUGACGGAGGAGUCGUCUGGAAAAACUGACUGGAAUAAAAUUCUAGAAAUUCUACAGUCCAUUCCAGAAAUCCAAAUGAGAAAAAACAAGGAAUUUCGAGAUUUUCAAGACAGCGUUGUCUGCAAGUAUAUCAACGAUCAUUUUGAGGAGAAAAGUUUCGAAAAAAUAUAUUUAAUCCACAACAAGUCGAAGAGAUUAGAAACCAUUCUGAGGAAUCUUGAAAGUUGGCCUUACGAUUUUUGUCUAGAUGUGAUAAAAUCGGAACUCAAUUGUUUUACCCCACCAAAUGAUACUGUGAUGGAGCAAUUGCACACAUGGCAACAGACGAUUGAAUUGUAUGGUGUGCUAUCAGAAAUUCUGAACCUGACAUGCUGGAGUGAUUGUGGUCCGAUUAUUUUGAAUGAUAUUCAAGGUAUUUUCAAGAUAUUGGUGGAAAGCCAUAAGGUCUGUCAAAUCUUGGUGUUGAUCCAGAUGCACAAACCACCUGGAGAAAUCCUAAGAAGUAUCAACGAGGAAUUUUUCUUGGCUGCUUUCGAAGAUGGAUACCAAAUAACAGUUCUUAGCAAAUUACUUGAGGCUCUGCCUCUCGACCAUUCCGUCAUUAUUUGUAACAAACUUUUGAAAAUGACGGCGAAUCUGGAAUUCCUCAACUUUAUAGUUGAUUUCCUGAAACAACAUACACAACAAAACAAUCUGACAAUGAUACAACUGAGUUUGAAAAUAUUCACGAAAUUUUCAGACAGCCAACGUGAACAAUUCGUGUAUUUAAUCAAUAAUCCCUUGGAAAUAAUCGAAGUGCUGAUAAUGAACACAAAAUUCGAGGAAUUGGCCACUGUUUUAGAUGUGAUAAAACAAUAUGGCGAAGAAGAAAUUUUCUCGCCGAAGAUAGAUGAAAUUUUGCGAAUAUACGCAGAAAAAAGUUUAGAUUUUCAUGUCAUCACCCAAGCGAAUCCACAAUCGAUAUAUCCUGUAGAUUCGAACCUGAUUGAAUCAGAAACGUACGAUUCUUAUUCCAGGAAGAUAAAUUUAAGCAUAUCUCAGGAAGUAACCAAAGAUCAAUGGGUCAAAAACAAUGAAGUGAUGGAAUGCAUGUGUUGUAAAAACGUUAAUUUUUCCAUACUAAAUAGGAGACAUCACUGCCGACAAUGUGGUCGUUUAGUGUGUUACAAAUGUUCCACAAAAAGAAUGAAAAUUUCGACGUGUGGUGAUAUUUUAGUGAGAGUAUGUGAUGAUUGUUAUAAUCAGAUUAAUCUCGAUAGUACAUCAACCGAGAGGAGUGAAUCCACUUCUAGUAAACUGAAUUUAAAUUAUAUGUGGACUUUAACGGAUGAUGAAGAACGUAAUAAGAUUGUGCGUGAUGAAUUUGCCUACGAGUACACUCCUAGUGUCUCUUUAUGUUUAUCAAUACUGAAAUUUCAUUCUAAAACCGAAGAAUAUCCGAAAUUUUUAUUGAAUCAUUCUAAUAACCUAUUGAAUAUGUUUCCACCCUUCAAGAAAUUCAUGCCAGAUAUUGAUUAUUUACUAAUCAUAAGAAUGCUUAAGUCUCUUAUAACAGUUGCCAAAAUGCUCUCUCAAGAAUAUUCCCUCAUUCACAAUAUGUCUCUUGCCGAUAGUUUGUUGAAUCAAGUAGAUCUGUUGGAACUAUUCUCAGAAAGAGGUUGUUUGAACCUCUUACCAGUAUCUACAGAAACAUUCACGCCAAGCAUUGAUGCGUCCAUCCUGAGACGAUUCAGAGACAAUUUGUUAGAAAUGGAAGAAUGGAAUUUGGCGCUCGAAAUAUCGACAAAGGCUGGGUUGGAUCAAACCAGUGUUUUUGCAGCCUGGGGUAAGAAAUUGCUGAAGGCAGGCUGCCUAACGAAAGCUCGAGAGAAAAUUAACCGUUGCUUCAACAGCAACAGACGUUACGAUUCUCGUUGCGACAGUUUUUCAGAAUACGACGAUGAAGUAAGUGCCAAAGGGUCGAAUUUUUAUUUGAAUAAAUCCUUCAGUGAUCUGAAUGAAAAAAAGCCUCUGACGAAUUCCCCUCUUCUAAACGAGAUAAUCAAUAUUUUGGAAUGUAAAUCGGCCGUUAUUGAUAAAAAUAUUGUGGAUGAAGUGAGUAUGGCAAAUUUAUCAACGUCAAAAGUACUAAACCAGUGUUAUCUGAUCCAAAAAGAUCCCGCUGUCAGUAUACUGAACAAAUUGAGAAAUUUGGAUUGUAUUUCUUCCGGAAAAUAUUAUUUUCCUACUGAUAGGAAGGUUCAGAUCAGUUAUGCCACAAAUAGACCUAUCGUGGAUACAGUCUUCUAUAACGAGUGCAUUUUUUAUCUGAGUCGUUAUGGCAGUCAUCAGAGUCUUCUGGACUUUUAUAUAAGACAUGGUGAGCUGGAUCAAGCUUUACAGUACAUUCUUGGAAAUAAUAUGGGUAGUGAUAUCUUCAUUGAAAUUUAUAUGAACUGCUUGAAGGAUGGUUUGGUGAACGUGUUACAGGAGAACAUUGCCAAAAUUGACUCAACUUUGGAUGUAUGGAAGCAUUACCUUCAUCAGCUUUGUCGACAUUUGGAGCAACAGAAUUUUUUGCACUCUCUUUAUCAAUUACAACUUUUUAUGGGAGAUUUCAUGAGGGCCGCUAUUACUUGCAUUAAAUUUUAUCAAGAGAAUACGAAAACCUUCAGUGAUUUAGCUCGAAAAAACAAAUUCUUACAUAAGGCUGAAGAACAUAUAAAACAGAUGCAUGAGCAAGACGAAUGGGUUGAAGUCACAUCAGUUGGAAAAUACAAUUCGAAUUCUUUGGAUGUAUAUGAGGAAAAACUAUUAGCAAAUCCCUCUAUAGUGAUGAAACCCAAUUAUAAAAAUAGUAUGACGUACUUGAACAUUAUAUGGAGCCAAAAUGAAGUGGCUAGCUUUCUAGCAGAUUGCGAAGCUGCUGGUCGAAACCCUAUUAAUAUAUUAUCGACCAUUCUUCCUGAUGAUAACGACUCUGAUUCCGACAGAAGUAUACCGACACUCUUUGGUAGUUACAUGGAUAAAAUAAGACUAGCUAUAUUAAUUCUCGUGACCUCAAAUGAAAUUAAAUCUGGUUUUAAAAUUGUUGCAAGGUUGAUCUCCGAAUUCAAACUUCGACCAGGAACUGUUUUUAGUCAAACAGGGAAGCAUUUGGCUAAAAUGCAAAAAUACGAGGAAAUUAAAGAACUAGUAGCUUGUAUAAAGACGAAUUUCACUGGUGACAAGUCGAUUGGUGAAAUGUGUGACGAAAUGCUAACCGUUGCAGUUGCCACCUUAAGCAAAGAAAAAUCACCAAUAGCAAAAAUAGAGGAUCUAAUUAAGUUGAUCAGCGAUAAAGCUUCCAAGAUAUCUGCAUUCAUAGAAGCAAAACAAUUGAAGACUGCUUACUUCCUAGCUGUGCGAUCUAAACGAAUAUCUGAUAUUAGGAGGAUUUUAAGAGAAGCAGAACUGAAUAAUCAACCCAAUAUAAAAACACUUUGUUUGAAAGUACUUCAAGAAAACAAUAGUGGAUGAUUAAAUUAAAUAUAUUUUCCAAUAUUGUGAUAACUUCGAAUGAAGUUUAUGGUAAUUUCCCUAUCUUUGUAAUAUCCUUGUUUACUUUAUCAAGUGCAAUACAAGUAAUAUGAAAUAAUGCCAAAGAUUUGUAUAUUGAGUUAAUUGUGGGGUUAAAAUUAUUAUUGAUUAAACUAACCACUUUAAAUUUCUGACCUUUAUUAUAACUGUGAUUGAUUGAUAUGUACACAUUUAGUUUGUAGCAUAUCUUGUUUUAGAAAGUGAGUCUAUAUAUUUAUAAAAAAUUUUUAUUAAUAAAAGAUAUAUUUUGUA